AUGAAGGUUCUGCUGCUGGACCGCGAGACAGUUCCUAUUGUGUCCACUGCUAUCACUCAGUCAGCACUGCUGAAUCACGAGGUCUAUCUCAUUGAUCGUAUUGAUAACGCCAACAGAGAGAAGAUGCGUCACUUGCGAUGUUUAUGUCUUGUACGACCAUCGCCAGACUCCAUUCAACUCCUGAUUGAUGAACUGCGAGAGCCGAAGUACGGAGAGUAUCAUCUGUAUUUCACCAACGUCGUCAAGAAGUCAUCACUAGAAAGACUUGCCGAGGCUGACGACCAUGAGGUUGUGAAGCUGGUUCAGGAGCAGUUUGCCGACUUCAUCGUCAUCAACCCCGAUCUGUUCUCACUUGGACUCAGCCUUCCCCAUCAGCGUCUGUGGGGCAGCAACCAAGACACGUGGAACCCAGACGCCCUGCAACGAAGUGCUGACGGACUCGUUGCUGUGCUUCUUGCACUGAAGAAGAAACCGCUGAUCAGAUACUCCAAGACCAGCCCACUUACCAAGAAAUUGGCUACAGAAGUGCGAUAUCGUAUUACACAAGAGGAGCAGCUUUUCGACUUCCGGAAGGUGGACACGCCUCCUCUCCUGCUCGUGCUCGACAGGCGCGAGGAUCCAGCAACACCACUUCUCACGCAAUGGACAUAUCAAGCCAUGGUGCACCAUCUUCUUGGUAUUACCAACGGCCGAGUCGACCUAAGCGAUGUGCCUGAUAUUCGCCCGGAGCUGAAGGAGAUUGUCUUGUCGCAAGACCAGGAUCCUUUCUUCAAGAAGAACAUGUAUCUCAACUUUGGUGACUUGGGCGGCAACAUCAAAGACUACGUGGAGCAAUACCAGUCCAAGACACAAAACAGCUCAAAUAUCGAGUCGAUAUCGGACAUGAAGCGCUUCAUCGAGGAAUACCCUGAGUUCCGCAAGCUAUCCGGAAAUGUUAGCAAGCACGUCACCUUGGUUUCAGAGUUGAGUAGACGUGUUGGAGCCGAGAACCUACUCGAAAACAUUCAAAAGCUUAUUCAGUCUCCAAAGGUGACAAGCGACAGCAAGGUUGGCCUAGUCGCCCUUUAUGCCCUACGAUAUGAGCGCAAUCCGUCCAACGCACUCCCCAUGCUCGUGGACCUCUUGGUGGCCGCUGGCGGGGUCUCAGUCCGGCGAGCAGACCUCAUCUCCAAGCUUGUGAAGUAUCAAUCUUCAUUGCAGCAAUCACAGGCUCAAGCAGGCAUUGCAGACAUUUUCGAGGGGGGUGGCAUAUUUGGAGGAGCUGGUGCCAGGUUUAAGGGACUAAAGGGUGUCGAGAACGUUUACACACAGCAUAGCCCCUUACUUGAAAGUACGCUUCAGAAUCUGAUUCGGGGACGACUUAAAGAACAGCAGUAUCCCUUUGUUGAGGGCGGAGGAACUACUCGAGACAAGCCGCAAGACGUUAUUGUCUUCAUAGUCGGUGGAGCAACAUACGAGGAGGCCAAGAUGGUGGCAACAAUCAACGCAUCUUCGCCAGGUGUGCGCUUGGUACUAGGAGGUACUACAGUCCACAACUCGGCUACAUUCCUGGAAGAGGUUGAGGAUGCUGUAUCUUCGUGGCCCGAGACGCAGAAAGCUGGCACAAGGCGAUAA